GGCAAACCGUGCUUCGGACAAGAUUAGCCAGCUGACUGAUAAUGUCUACGCCUGCCGCUCUGGAUCUGCUGCAGACACACAAGUUAUUUCUGAUCAUGUCCGCUAUUUUCUCCACCAGCACACAGCAUGUUGCAAGCUGGAAUCAUAGUUGGUGGAUGGGACAAAUAUGAGGGAGGCCAAAUUUACUCGGUCCCUCUUGGUGGAACGAUUCUGAAGCAACCAUUCGCAAUUGGAGGAUCUGGUUCUAGUUACCUGUAUGGAUUCAUGGAUCAUGAAUGGAAAGAGGGUAUGACCCAGGAAGAAGCUGAGAAGUUUGUGGUGAAAGUGGUUUCCCUUGCUAUUGCUCGUGAUGGUGCUAGUGGAGGGGUUGUCCGCACUGUUACUAUUAACGAGGAGGGCAUUAAAAGGAGCUAUCACCCUGGUGAUGAACUGCCACUAUGGCAUGAAGAGCUGGAACCACAGAAGUCGCUCCUUGACAUUCUCGCAACUGGGAGCACUGAUGCAAUGGUCCAUUGAAAAUGCGGCGCUUACUAUUGUACUGAGCGCUUAGUACUGAUAGUGUCGGUUCUAGACUCCCUCGCAACCUACGUACUUCGUGCCGGUUUUCAAGUUUCCCGAGAAAACGCUGAAAUUUCUAGUUGCUAUUAGACGGGCCUUCUUUUGGGCGGCUGAGGAGACGUGCACAGGGUCCAAAUGUUUAAUUGCAUGGAAGAACGUAUGUGAACCGAAAGAAUUUGGUGGUCUAGGCAUCAAGGAUGUUGCUA